AUGUCGUGGUUCGGGAUACUCGAGAAGCGCCUAGUAGAUGCACUCCUGCGCUCCCCAGCUUUCACGCGCGGCGUCCAGAACAUCCACAAGCGCGUUCACACCCUGCAGCACGGCAAGCCGCCCGAGUACCACAGUCCUACGCAGCUCGAUGGCGAGGAGGCGGUGCAGAACGGCGGCCUCGGUCGCUUCUUCAAACUCUUCUGGGACGAGCUGAAGCAGGGUCACCGGCCCGAAGCCCUGUCCAACAAGCCGCCGCCGUCGCCACCGCAGGUGAGAGACAAGAGAUGA